AUGGCGCUGUUCGCUCGCCGCGGGGUCGUGCGGCAGGCCCGUAAGGUCAAGACAGAGAGCAGCGACGAGGAGCAGCAAGAGCAGCAGCAGCAGCAGCAGCAGUAUCCGCGCGCAGCGACGUUGAAGGCUGCUGCUGCUGCUGCUGCAGGACUGCCCCCUCCGCCGGUAGUGGCAGCAGCAGCAGCAGUGGGGCCCGCAGUAGUAGCAGACAGCCUGCUGCACAGCGCAGCAGUGACCGCAGCAAAAUCGCAUGCAGCAGCAGCAGCUGCUGCUGCUGCAGUGCCCCCCGAGCUGCAGCUGCUUGACGAGUCCUUUCAGUGCGCGCUUAGAGAUCUGGAAGAUGAUGAGGCGCCGAAGCAGCAGCUGCUGCGGCAGCAGCAGCAGCACGUGGAGCAGCAGCAGCAGCAGCGGGGCCUGCAGCCCAAGAAGAAGCUGCUUGCAGCAGGGGCCUGCGCCGUCGGCAGCAGCAGAGUCUUCGCCCAGCAGCAGCAGCAGCAGCAGCUGCUGCAGCAGCAACAAGCAGCAGCAGCAGCAGCAACCAGGGCGCAGCGCCUGAGCUUCGGCUUUGCCGACGAAGACAACGUGCCCUCGCAGCAGCAGCAACGAGGAGCAGCAGCAGCAGUGCGGGAGUCUCUUGAGGAGCUGCUGCCCAGCAGCAAAUCUCCUCGGCAAAACAGAAGCAAGCACAGCAGCAGCAGCAGCAGCAGCAGCAGCAAAGACGCAGGCAGUCGGCGCAGCGGCAGCCGUGACUCGGACGUGCGGUCGCGGGCCAGCAGCAGCAGCAAAGACAGCAGCAGCAGCAGCAGCAGCAGCAGCAGGGGCUCUGGCGAUAAGCCAGUUCUUGUAGUAAACCCCACAGGCAGCGUUGGGAUUGUUUUGAAGGCAACUCACGCCAGCACUAGCAGCAGCAAAGGGAGCAGCAGCAGCAGCAAGCGCAGCAGCAGCAGCAAAGACAGCAGCAGCAGGCGCCACGAGUUCGCACCGCGAAACAGCAGCAGCAAAGACAGCAGCAGCAGCAGAGACAGCAGCAGCAGCAGCAGCAGCAGUCAUUCUGCGCAGAGAGGGUCUGACGCUGCUGCCAGGCCUGGCAGCGGGUCGCCUGCAACUGCAGCAGCAACGGGAGCAGCAGCAGCAGCUGCUGCUGCAGCGGGAGGCGGCGCAGCAGCAGCAGAGCCGCGAAUCUUCUCCUUGGCAGAACUGGAAGACAGAAGAUCAGCAGCAGCAGCAGCAGCAGACGAAGCUGGGGAGUUGCCGUUUGCUGCUCUGGCUCAAGUGGCCCGCAGGUCGCGGCAGCAAGCCCGAGCAGCAGACAUGAACAGCAGCAGCAGCAGCAGCAGCAAAGCAGCAGUGCCCUCUGUGUCCUGCUUCGGGGAGUACACCGAAGAAGACGAAGCUGCUGCAGCAGGAAGCAGCAGCACCAGCAGCAGAAGCUGGCUAGCCAGAGAAGCCAUGCUGCAGCUGCGGGGGGUCCCGCUGCUGCAGCAGCUUUCUGAAGAGUCUGAAGAGCAGGCAGCACUUGAGGCCUGGGAGCGAGAGCAGAUCAUGAAAGGGGCUGGAAGGAAGCAGCUGCUGUUGCAGCAAGAGAAGCUUGAAAGACGGCAGCGGCAGCAGCUGGAGGAGCAGCAGCAGCAGCAGCAGCAGCAGAUCCUGAGCUCGUUCAGCGGCAUCAUUGGACAGCAGGACGCCCUUGCUGCUGAUGCUGCUGCUACAGACGAAGGCGCAUGCAGCAGCAGCAGCAGCAGCCUCGUGCGGCCUGCAGCAGAGCCUAAGAGGGCGGCGGGAGCAGAGAGUGCAGCAAAUUGUUUUGCGCAACUGUGGGCCAGCAGCAGCAGCAGCAGCAGCGGCGUCGGCAGCAGCAACGCGGAGCAGCAGGCUGCAGCAGCAGUUGCGUGGAUUGAAGAGCAGGCAGAGCAGCAGGAAGACGAGCAGCAGCAGCAGCAGCAGCAGAAGCAGCAGAAGAUAAAGUGGAAAAAGGAAGCAGCAACAAAAGUGACCUCACUUGAGCUGAAGCAGCUAAAAACGGAGCGGCGGCUGCAGAAGCUGCAGGAGUUCCUGGUGUUUGUUGAGGACCUCAGCGGCUGCAUCCAUGAGAAGAAGCCCGCCGUGAAAAUGGCAGUGGAGGCUUUGCAGGAGCUCGAGAGUGGAGAAGCAGACAGGACGACCCAGCGCCGCUUGGGAGACUUGGGCCGUUUGCUGCCAGAGCGCAUUGAUGAAUUCGGCAGGAGUUUGGCUCUCCAGAAGCGGAGAAAGAGGUACGGGCCGAAGCUGCGGCAGCAGCAGCAGCAGCAGCCGCUGGGAGAAGUGCUGCGGCAGCUGCGGAAGGCCCCACACCCAGCGUCGCCUGAGGCCGUAGAGGCUUUCAGAGCAGCACGCGCAGCAGCAGCAGCAGCAGCAGCAGCAGGAACAGCAACAGCAGCCGCAGCAGCGGAGGAGCUCGAGCCUGCAGCACUGGGGCGCUGCGAGUGCUGGGGGGAAGUUUUGGGCUCUUGUGUCUUCACAAGCGACGAAGAAGGCCCCAGCGGCAGCAGCAGCAGCAGCAACGGCAGCAGCAGCAGCAGCAGCAGCAGCUCAAGAAGACACAAAACCAAAAGGCAGUUCCUGCAGGCUGUUGCUGAAAUAUUUGCUGACGUGAGGCCGGAGUACAGAGAGGUGCGUCGCAUAGUGGGGGAGUUUGCUGCAGCGUGCCGAAACUGCCCCGAAGAUAUGGUGGCGCUGCAGCAGCAACUGCCGCUGGCUGAGCAGCUGCAGCAAAGUGUAGAGACUGUUGCUUCUUGGGAGCUGCUGUGGUGGCUGCCGCUGGACACAACAUUGGCUCCGUCUACUGCUGCUGCUGCUGCUGCUGCGAUUGAGUGGGUCAAGCAGCAGCAGGUGCUGCAGCAGGAGCAGGAAGAGGGGCAGCAGCAGGAAGAGGCGGGCGACAGCAACAACAGCAGCGCAGCCGGCGACGCCGAAAAGCCUUCCACGGGAGAUGCUGGCGCAUCAGCUGCAAGCCGCUCUGCUGCUGCUGCUGCAGCAGCAGCAGCAGCAGAAGCAGCAGCAGCAGCAGGGGCCCUCGACAGCGGCACGGGGCCCCUCCGAGACGGCAGCGUCGUCAGCGGACGAAUUUUGCGGGGGGGAAGAGAAGUGGCAGAUUUUGAUUUCAUAAGAGACAUUUUUGCUUUUUGUCAAGAAAUGGAGACCCUCAGCAGCAGCAGCAGCAGCAGCAGCAGCGGCAGCAGCAGCGGCAGUGGCAGCAGCAGCGGCAGCAUCAGCGAGGUUGCAGCGGCUUUCGCGGACCUGCUGCUGCAGGUGGUGAAGGACGUUGUGCUGCCCAGGGCGCUGCACUCGCUGCAGCAAAUGGACUGCUGCAGCUUCACUUCUGCUGCUGCUGCUGCUGAGCUCCUGCAGGAAAUGCUGCUGUUCAGGGGCCCCCCAACAGAGGCAGCCAUUACGAAGCUGCUGCAGCUCUUUGUCUCUUCUUUCCUCAGCACUAUUGAGAGCCAGCUGCCUGUGCAGUGCGUGAAGCGUGCGCAGCAGCUGCAGCAGCAGCGACAGCAGCAGCAGCAGCAGCAGCCAGCGAAGGCAGAGGGAGAGCAGCAGCAGCAGGAGGCCGAUGCUGCUGCUGUUGAGGUGUACGUACACCGCGCGCUCAAGGCUGUUGGAGUUGCUUCCUUUUUUGAAGGCAUUCUCAGCGAGCAGCUUAUGCUGCACAUAGUCAUGCAUCACCUCUUCGAGCUGCGCGUCCAGCCCUUGCUGCCGCUGCUGCCGCGUCGGACAGGUUUGCUGGUGCUUCACGGGUUUGUGCGUUUGCUGCCUCUCAAGUGGCUGAUGGUGCUGCAGCAGCAUCAGGAGCAGCAGCAGCAACAGCCACAGCAGCAGCAGCAGCAGCAGCAGCAAAAGAAUGGACUAUCUCUGCUGCUCAGCAAGCAGAGAUGCUGCUGCUGCUGCAACGCAUCAGCAGCAGCAGCAGCCGCCAGCUGCUGCUGCUGCUGCUGCUGCUGCUGCUGCUGCUGCUGCUGCUGCUGCUGUUGCUGCUGCUGCAGGGCGGGCCAAGAGUCCUUUCGUUCGAUCACCCGCUCUUACUACAGAGGCGCAGCAGGGGCGCUGCUGGUCUACGACAUAUCCCGGCGAGACACCUUCGCACACUUGACCCGCUGGCUGGAAGAAGUUCGGCAAAACUCAAACCCUCAUAUGACAAUUAUUUUAGUUGGAAACAAAUGCGACUUGGAACGGAGAGAAGUCACCUUCCAGGAAGGCCAAGACUUCGCUCGCCAGCACAAUUUGAUUUUUCUGGAGACGUCUGCCAAGACUGCUCAAAACGUAGAGGAGGCCUUCAUUCUGACGGCGCGGAAGAUUUACGAAAAUGUUCUUGCUGGGGUUUAUGAUCUUUCCACUGACACCCACGGCAUCAAGUGCGGCCCAGUAGCAGCAACUCACACCACUCGAAUUGCCGCUGCAGCCGGUGUUGCUGCUGUUGCUGCUGCUGACAUGCGGCUGGUGUCUGCUGCUGCUGCUGCUGAUGUUACGUUUUCUGUACGUGCUGCUGUUGCUGCUGCUGCUGCGCCCACCAGACUCGGGCAGGCAGGAGCACCGGGCGGCUGGCUGCUGCACUUGAGGCCCUUUUGCAGCAGCAGCAGCAGAAGGAAAGGAAAAGCAGCAGCAGAAUCAACAGCAGCAGCAGAGCCAUCGGCAGCAGCAGCGGCUAUCCUUCUUAUAUUCUGGCGGAAAUACUGGAUUGGCAUGCUUCUUGCUUGA